GAUCACCUCAGCUGGGUGGACGCUUGAUGGUUUCCAGGGCCGAUGCGAGGACGCGUCCCUCCGCAGCCUCUCAAGUCCCGGAAAUGCAGCCUCGCGAGCUUCGACCAGAUGCAUCAUCGCUCGCUGCCGUACGCCACAAGGUGCAGCGCUACGCUUACAUGAUCACACCGUACGUGUGCUUACUCUGCGGCUGCCGGUUGUCACUUUGGCCGUUGGCCAAUGGUCGGCCAGGUUUUGGUUAGUCAUUACCCAGAGCCGCCGUAGUCAUUACCCGCCCUCGGCGGCUCUGGGAGUUGUCGGACAAUGAUCAGCUCGCCUGGCCCUUAAACUGCUUGCUAUGCCCGCCUUGGACCGUAUGCAUUCAGGUCACGCUCAUAUCCUGCUGUGUCGCGUCUUUGGGAAUUCUAUUGCGAGCUAUUCGUGGCGCACACUGCUAAUCUGUGCGGUGCUCUGCUCGCUAACUUUGCUUACCUCAUCUGAGGUACGUAUCUGUGUCUUCUGCCGUUAAGGCUUACACGAUAUGUGCCAAGCAGCAGUGGGCCGCAUGUUAUUCUAUUUGCUGACCAGGACCGACUCAGUUUCCCGCCAGUCAUUUGUUCACAAGCCGUACGUAUGCAGAAGUGACUGUAUACGGAGAUGUGCACGCCUUCCUGGUGUAGCUUCCGCAGGAAUACAAGGCAAUGCUCGAUAUGCUCCAACCUCUCACACCCAUGACUUGUCUCAGACAUUUCAGUUUCACCGGAGGAUCGCGGCGCGAUAGUUCCCACAUGUUUUUCCUAUGUCUCAUUCUUCCGAUCAGGUCCGAUCUUUAUCUGUGCUCGUCGCCGUCACAGAGUGCGCAUUGAUUUUGACGUCUCAGAUGAUUGGUACGCCGCUCGCAACGUCUGAGCCACCGUCGCCCGCCGAGCUGGGCAUCCCGCGUGUGGCGUCAAUCAGGCUAUGUCACGGCGGCAAGAGUCUCCGGUCGUGACAGGCGUGAUUUCCUGAAUCGGCAUGCAAAGUUCGCACGACAACACGUGCAAACAGGCGGGGCACGCUUGGGCGACGUCGAGUUGGCAGAGGCGAACGAGCUUGCACUUUAUACCCUUCCACUCUCUGCAAGUGCCAUACUCAUGGCGUCCAUAGACUCUGCACCAGCGAGUACGAAGGAGCAGGAUUCGAAGGGAACGGAACCAGAGGCGGCGGUGACGGUUACGCAGCCCGCAGGGGCUCAAGGCACUCAAAAUGAUACCACUCAAGCGAUUCAAGGUUCAGUCAUCACCCAGCAGACCUGCGAAGAGACUCCGAAUGGCGCCGUGAGCGCGUCGGGUGAUCAGCCAGCCACCACCGCCCAUGCGGGCUCCGCCCCGUCCACAUCGGCCCAGACAGCGCAGGUCGCCGCUGAGGUUGACAAUACAGUAGCAGAUGUAUCCGGCUCAACGCCGGCAUUGAAACAAGGAGGAAAGGCGGAUGAAAUAGCGAAACCCAAAGACGCUGAGAAGGACCGUGCGUCGUUGAACACAAGUACGCAGACCUACGCUCGUAGUCCGUCUACGCGACAGAAAGAGACCAAGUCUGUGUCAGAGCUGGCGCACACUGCCUCGACUGCUGUUGAGGAACCCAAGAAAUCCAAGACCUCGUCCAAGAAGACCAAGCCCAAAGGCAGCAAGACGAAGGGUUCCCUCUUUACCAGGAUUUUCCACGUCUUUGUUCCUUGUACCAAACCGUCGAGUAAGGCACACGAGAUUGAUGUCGACGUCGAGAAGCCUCGCCAGCCUGAACCCUCAGUCCCCGCGACGACCGAGCUUAAGGAGAAGCAGACCGCAAAGGAAGCAGAGGAGCUGCCUCCUGAACCAUCCACCUCAGAGGCCCCUGCUACGUCUGAGGUAGCUGCUAAACCGUCUGAACAGGAAGAGACGCGCGGUACGCCAGUACUACCCCCAUUGCAACCGGUUGACGUACCCCCUCCAUCAGACGACCCCUCGGUCGUCGUGCCGCCGACACCAACCAAGUUGCUGCUACCCCCAGAGGAGGGUGGAGGCGUGCUGUCCGGGUCGGUGCAACCCAUUGGCUCGACGGGCGACGAGACCGCACAAGAGCAGCAACGACAGGGGGAUUCCGAUCAUGAGUCCGAUGGCUCAACGAGUUUCACCGACGAGGAGGACGUCGAAGAGGCCAACGCUAUGGAUGAGGUCGAAGAUGAGGAGGAACGACUGAUCCUUAACGGCGGCGCUGGUAUUCCCAUAGGACCAGACGGACUUCCUCGGCCGCUACUCCCACCACUAUCGCCUAAGUUUGCGGGGAGGAAAUGCCUUGUGCUUGAUUUGGAUGAGACGUUGGUGCACAGUAGUUUCAAGUCAAUACAGCAAGCGGACUACGUCGUGCCGGUGGAAAUCGAGUAUCAUUGGCACAAUGUCUAUGUGAUCAAGCGUCCCGGUGUAGAUAACUUCCUGAAGAAGAUGGGCGAGAUUUAUGAAGUCGUCGUGUUCACUGCGAGUUUGAGCAAGUACGCAGAUCCAGUGUUGGACAAAUUGGAUGUGAACCGUGUUGUCGCGCACCGUCUCUUCCGAGAAAGCUGCUACAACCAUAGGGGCAAUUACGUCAAGGACUUAUCGCAGCUCGGACGGCCAAUAGCGGACACUAUAAUCAUAGACAACUCACCAGCAUCCUAUAUCUUCCAUCCCAAUAACGCCGUUCCCGUAUCAUCAUGGUUCAACGACCCCCACGAUACGGAGCUCACUGACCUGGUCCCCUUCCUUGCUGAUCUUGGGCAAGUAGAUGAUGUGCGCGGUGUCCUUGACGGAGCAAUAAGUCCUUGAUGGAGGACUAUAGAGUCUGCUACCCCUACAUUGUCCGGAUCUCGCUCACGGACUGCUGAUUCGUCUAUACCAUACCAUCGUUCUUGUGGCGCAUUCCCGCCUGUCUCGUCUAUCCUAUCCUUGCAUCUUCACGGUUACUCGCCCUUUUCUUGAGGCGCCUGCUGUGCAUACUAGGAGCUCCUGGUCUCACAUCCUUCGACCCUUCCAUCUGUCACUCUCAACCCAACUUCCAUAUACCCCUCGCAUCGCGUCCAAUUGCUAAUCGUCGUCCCCUUGCAACCUCUAUUCAAGUUGCUGUGUUUCCCUUCGGACAAUCCCGUUCCGUUCGUCUUGCAUUCCCCUUCCAUUAUCCAACGUCGGUGCAGCGUCGUGUUGCGCCUACCACACACUCCUUCACCCACUCACGAUACAACCGUGCAUGCUCCGUCUACUUACCAAAAAGCUUUCCGUCAGGUACCAUCUUGAGGGCCUUUUGCGUGAAGACUCUUGCCGAUCCAUACCCUGUGUUCAUCUUCUGUUUGUCUCCCUCUUCUGUUGUUUGUCCUUCGCCAUGUCACACAUGCGGCACCAUAUAUUCAUAUCUUAUUUUUCUCAAGCUUUAUUCACGAAUCUUAUGAUAGCUGAACGUUGGUUUUGUGGGAAGAUCUUUCGCACAGCCCUCAUGCCAUUUGCUAUGACUACCGAUGACGGGAAGUAGAUACAUUGAAUGAUUGCAUCUUGUUUUUGUCGUUUCUUCAGAUCCUGGCGUGCUCGCGGAUCGGUGCUCGUGGUUACCGAGCUGGCUUUUUCAUUUUUGCGACCGUUCUGAUAAAUGUCUCACGAGACUUGUUCUGGAUUGGGUUGCCGG